AGAAAAGUUAAUUCUAAGCGCGGUGAUCAUAUUAUUCGUUGUUGUGGCUUAAUGCAAAAAAAUAGAUUUUUAUUGGAAAAUGUUGCUUGGUUACAUAUUGACUGCAAUGAAAUAUUUAUAAUAUUACAGUACAUUUAUGUAAUUUACAAUGUUUCUUAAGCUUCUUAUUUUUAUUGUAAUUGUAAAAUGUACGCACAGUUUUUCCGAUGUCGGAAAGUGGGAUUUGGAACUUAGUGGCGAUGAUUGUCAUUUCACAUUAGCAAAGUCAUUAUUUAAGAAUACAAAGCUUAUAAUUGCAAUGCACUGUGAUGCAGCUGUACCAUUGAACAUCACAUACGAUUGGACACCUGAAAUGUGUUCUCCGGAAUACUUACAUUAUUUUGAACAGAGGAUAGUUACGUGCACCGAUCGCUUGGAACGCACAACGAGAGACGUCAACGCCAGUAGGUCUUACCAAGCGAUGAGCGUUCAAGAGACAAGAACGUGUCACAGUAAUUCUUCGCUUGUGUUCGACGGCGGGAAGGAUCAGCCCGUUGAUAAAAUUGAAACGGCCAUAACAUCGCAAUCUAAACUACCGCCUCUAUUGAUCGUCGAAAAAGAGGGUGUGUACGUGCUACAGAUGCGCGUGAGGAGUAACCAGAAGUUCAAAGCAUUCGUACGAAUCGAGAUGGUGGCGCCAUCUGGAUAUCUGGCCGCGGCAAUAUGGCCCCUGCUUCCGUUCUUCGGCACGAUGUGCGGCGUGUACACUGUGCUGUGCGCGUGCUGGCUGGCCGUGUGCGGGCUGCAGUGGCGCGACCUGCUGCGCAUACAGUACUGGAUCGGGGGCGUCGCGCUGCUGGGCAUGGUCGAGACGGCCACUUACUACGGGGUCUACUCAUCUAUCAAUAGAUCUGGUUAUUUUAACGCCGAGGCGUACAUGUUUGCGGAGUGGGUGUCUGUCGCGAAACGAGCCCUGGCGCGGAUGCUGGUCAUCAUAGUGUCUCUGGGUUUCGGCAUCGUCAAGCCGCGGCUGGGGCCGGCGCUGCAGCGCGUGGCGGGCACGGGCGCGCUGUGGGCGGUGCUGGGCGGCAUCAACGCGUGGCUGCGGCUGCACCACAAGGCGGACCGCUCCAACCGCGACCUGCUGCUGUCCGAGGUGCCGCUCUCGCUGCUCGACAGCGCCAUCUGCUGGUGGGUGUUCGUGUCGCUCGCGCACACCAUGCGCACGCUGCAGCUCAGGAGGAACGCCAUAAAACUGUCUCUGUACAAACAUUUCACGAACACGCUGAUAUUCGCCGUCAUAUCGUCCGUCGUGUUCAUGCUGUAUUCCAUUAAAUCGUUCAGAUUCCUCAACUGCAUCACAGAAUGGAAGGAGGUGUGGAUGGACGAAGCCUAUUGGCACAUUUUAUUUGCUUGUGUACUUACUGUGAUCAUGAUACUCUGGCGGCCGACAAACAAUAACCAAAGAUACGCUUUCACUCCGCUUUUGGACAACGCGGAAGACGACGAUGAGGAAGAGGAGCAAUUCGUGAAUGAUGCAUACGGAGUCAAGAUGCGUGGAUCGAGCAUCAACACGGACCCAGAGGGCCGGGACUCUCAGCCCGAACCCAACACUAAUUCUCUUGAAUCAGACCUGCGUUGGGUCGAGGAGAACAUACCGGCCAGUACUCUUCCGCUUUUGGACUCGGACGAAGAGAUCAUUAACACGAAAUUCGAAGUUUCCAAAAUGCAGUAGGUAGUGAUAAGCAAAGUCUCUUUAAUAAAGUAUUAUGUAACUAUUA